AUGACGCGCAGCGCUGAUGAGGUUGCAAAGAGCAAGGAUGAUGAAGCACCGAACGAAGCCGUGGAGGAAGUGGACGAUCGGUGUCUCCGCGAGGUCUCUGAUCCUGCAGAAUCGUUCCAUGGCAUUGACAUUGCUGCCAUCGCGGAACAUUUCCCGGGGAGUGGAUCUGCUCUGUGCCGCUUGCGAAGUGACCUCGUCACCCAAGCUGAGAAGCCACUUCUACCGUGGGAGCUGACUCGGUUGGGUGCUCGUGCUGCCAUUCGCGCCGUGCGUCUUGCGAACCGGUCCAGCUUGCAAGGUCUUCUUUCCCUCGGAGAAGUUGCUCAGGAUUAUCCAUCUGGAUGGGGCAGAGCAUUGUCUGCGGGCACUUCAGAAGACACUCAGACGGCGCGAGAGCUCAUGGAAGAAGCAGAGGCACUCAGGGGCGACGACGCGCUUGAGGUGAAUGGCUGGCAAAUCCCAGAAAAGCAGCGAGGCCUCCUUCCCCUGCUGCGCGCACAGCUACCGCUCUUUCGCUCAGCUGAGCUUUUGGCCUUCUCUGGGAUCAGCCAGUCCUGGGCCUUUGCUUUGCUUCGUGAUGCGCGGAGCGGUCCGGCUUUGCCUUCAAAAGUCAACACUGGUGACCCCCGCCUGGGAGAUGUGAAGGCUCAUACGGGCAGGUUCAAACAAGGACAAGCCAGCCAACAUCAUGCAAGCAAGGUUGAGUAG